AGUGUCACAACAUGCCAAAAGUAUGAGUUAGCCGUUGCUCCACAUACCCCACUCACGCUCUCAUAAACCAAAAACCCUAAUUCACACUCAACUCAACAAUGGCAGAUGAAUUCUCAUUCACAGACAGUGAGGACGAAAGAGCUGUAGAAGAUGUUCUCUCUCAAGCACUGGACCACUCCGUUCUCGAACAAAUCGCCGCCAUCAACUGCUCCUCUUUCUCCUCCAAAGAUAACCUCCCUUUCGACCUCGAAAACCGUUUUCGUAAACUCAAAUCUCUUCCAACCGCCACCACCGCCACCGGUGCUCGCUUUCCACCUUCUAAAUCCAAAUCCUUUAUACCUCGAUCCGGUGCCGAUUCUGUCGAUUUUGAACGUGUUUCAGAUCUGAAAAACGGUUCCGAUAAACCGUCUCCGUUCACCGGCGAUCCUAAACAACGUUCAGAAGAAUAUUCAGAUGAGAAAAAAGGCUCAAAUUCGAGAUCGAAACUGAAAUCGGAUUUUCGUAAAACGAAGAGUUUGAAAUCGGAUUUUCGUAAAACGAAGAGUUUGAAAUCGGAAUCGUCGCCUUCCUCUGACGAUUCAGAACAACAUUCUGACGAAAAUCUAGACGAGAAAAUCGGUACGAAUUAUUCUAGAUCGAAACCGAAAUCUUCAUCAAACAGUAAAAAGUUUCGUGAAACAAAGAGUUUAAAAUCGAAAUCUAGAAAUGAUUCGUCAGAAUCGUCUCUAGAACAUUCCGACGGAAAUCUAGACGAGAAAACCUGUACGGAUUCGAGAUCAAAACUCAAAUCUUCAUCAAACAGUCGUAAAACGAAAAGUUUGAAAUCAAAAUCUAGAACCGACUCGUGGAGUGUGUCGUCGCCGGAGUCGGAAUCGAGAAGCGUGUCGCCGGCGCGGCGGGGGAUCGGUUGUUUGUGGUGUUCGCCGAAGAAGGAGAAGAGGAAACAGGGGAAAGAGAAUCUGAAUCGGUUAUCGUCUUUUUCAUCAUCUUUGGGGAAUGAUUAUGAAUAUGAUGUUGAGUUUUUGAAAACGUUUUCGGUGAAAGAACAGAAGAAGAUUAUGCGAAAGGCGAUGAAGGAAGAAGAGAAGAUUAACAGAGAAGCUGAGAAGAUUGUCAAGUGGGCUAAACAAGCGUCCUCUAGAAUGAUGGAUGUGCAUGUUUCUGGUGGUGUUGAUGAUGACCUUUCGGACCUUGAAAAAUAAGGAAAGGAAUAUACGUCACUUGUUGAGUUUAUAGUUAUAAAAAAAUGUUUACAAAACUUUGAUGUGUUUAUUUGAUUAUGAAAACUACAACCAAGCAUGUUUAAUUUUAAUUAUAGAGUUAAUUACUAUUUUCGUC